AUGGCCUCGGACUCUGUUACGCCUUCCUCGUCUCUCAACGCCACCGCGGCUGCAGCUCCUGCUGCUUCGCGGUCAUCUCCCACUGCGUGGGAGUAUGUUAAGACGGUUGUGCCAGAGUACAGGACUGCGCCAGAGUUUCGGGGCGAGGAGCCCACCGGUAUAUUCGAGAGGCUUGGCUCGCUGCCAGCUGUUAAUAGCCUUGUUCCAAAUCCUCAUCGCGCGAUCCUCGAGCGGGAGGCUGGUCAGGUCUUUGACCUGGGCCGUACUGGUGGUCGCUCCAGAUUCAACAUCAACCUGAAGGCUAUCCUUGUCCAAGCCUCAGGUAUUGCCUCAGCCUCACCAGCUGAGGCAUGCGACAACUGUCGCAAUCUGCGUGGCCUCUGGCAAGGAUGUGUUCGGGCUCCUGUGUCUGAACCCAACGCGCUUCCUCAUGGGGCUUGUGGCAAUUGUGCAUAUAAUAGCCAUUCACGAUCUUGUAUUACAGGACCUGUGAUUGGCUAUACUGCUCCGCCUGUAUUCCAUACAGCGCCUCCUGCCCCCUCUGUAGCUUCGCAGCCUGCUCAAUCGGCGGCUGCUCUGUCUAUGCCUGCGCCUGGGCCUGCUUCCAAUGCCGUGCUCGCAGCUGCUCCUGUUGUGUCUGCUUCAGCAGAUACAGCGGCGGUUCCUCCUGCUGUGGUGGAAGCAGAUGCUGGUCCUGUGGCAGCUGCGGAUCACACAGCUGCGGAUUCCUCAGGCAGGUUGUUACUGGGCAAUUCUGCAGGUAUAGAAGACGAGCAGCCAUUCCUACCUUUUGAGUCGGUGGGUUCAUCUGACCAUGGGGACAAUAUACAAGAACCAGAGGGCGGAUGGUCACCUGAGGCUGAUAUGGGAUGGAGUUGGGAGGGCGACGUCGUGGAGGAGGAGGCUGUCGAUGAGGCAGUCGGGGAGAUCGUCGAGGGGAUUGUUGACGAGGCUGUCGCGGAGGAGGACGCGGUCGAGGAGGAGGAGGUCGAGGUCGUGGAGGAGAGUGCCCAUCCGCCCCAGGACCCAGAGGGAGGCUCUCGGAAGCGUAAACUCCCAAUCCACAAGUUGGAUGGCAUGGGCUAG